AUGGGCUUGGUGGAUCUGGGCAGUGCGUAUGUCGGAUUUGGGCGGCGUGGGGAUCAAAUAGAGAGACGGCGGCGGCAUGGGAGAAUGGAGAGAGGGGCAUGGCCUGGUGGAUCUGGGCAGUGCGUAUGUCGGAUUUGGGCGGCGUGGGGAUCAAAUAGAGAGACGGCGGCGGCAUGGGAGAAUGGGAGAGAGGGGCAUGGCCUGGUGGAUCUGGGCAGUGCGUAUGUCGGAUUUGGGCGGCGUGGGGAUCAAAUAGAGAGACGGCGGCGGCAUGGGAGAAUGGGAGAGAGGGGCAUGGCCUGGUGGAUCUGGGCAAUGCGUAUGUCGGAUUUGGGCGGUGUGGGGAGAUCAAAUAAAGAGACGGCGGCGGCAUGGGAGAAUGGGAGAGAGGGGCAUGGCCUGGUGGAUCUGGGCAGUGCGUAUGUCGGAUUUGGGCGGCGUGGGGAUCAAAUAGAGAGACGGCGGCGGCAUGGGAGAAUGGGAGAGAGGGGCAUGGCCUGGUGGAUCUGGGCAGUGCGUAUGUCGGAUUUGGGCGGUGUAGGGAUCAAAUAG